CGGGUGGGGUGCCGCCGCGCGUGGAGCAGAGCAGUCGACGCGUGCACGUGUGGAGCGUCGCCUGGACUGACUGUGGGCUCGCCUUGUGGGACUGGCCGCGGCGCUAUGUUUCUGCGGAGGCGACCGGCGGGGCUCCGCGGAUGCCCGCUCUGAAGGGGAGGCGUGAUGGCGCUGGCGGCCGUCAGGGAGAUCCUGCGGCGCGGGGUGAUUGUGGUGGUGAUCCUGGUCAGCGCCGGCGUGGGGGAGACGGCCGCCCGGAAGCGAUCCUCGCGGCCCGAGUACUGCGACAAGCAGACUCGUCAGUCAUCGUUCCUGUGGCGCAUCAACACUUCUCCGCCGUCCUACUUUUUCGGCACGAUCCACGUGCCGUACGACCGCGUUUGGAGUCACAUUCCGGAUAACGUUAAACGCGCCUUCCACCUGUCCGACGCCGUGUUCUUCGAGCUGGACCUGACCAACUCCGAGACCGUCUCGGCGCUCACCAAGUGUCAGCUGCUACCGCGCGGCUCCCGCCUGGACCAGCUGCUCCCCAGUGAUAUCUACCGGCGACUCCAGAAGCACUUGGACUACGUGCGCCACAUGAUGCCGCUCUGGAUGACGGCCGACCAGCGCGGCCGCGGCCUCUACGCCGACUACCUCUUCAACGCCAUCACCGGCAACUGGCAGCAGAAGCGACCCGUCUGGGUGAUGCUGAUGGUGAACACGCUGACCGAGAGUGACGUACGGUCGCGUGGCGUGCCCGUGCUUGACCUGUACCUGGCGCUGGAGGCCGAGAAGCGCAACAAGCGCACCGGCGCCGUGGAGCGCGUCGAGGAGCAGUGUCUUCCGCUCAACGGACUCGGCAUGCCACAGGUGGUGUUUGCCCUGAAUCAGACGCUGAACCAGCACGAGAACAUCCGGGCCGGCCAGGGGGCGCCACCCUACACCACCGAGGACCUUAUCAAACACUACAACUGCGGCGACCUGGACGAGGUCAUCUUCCGGCGCGACUCAUCCCAGAUACCGCCGUCCGUGUUCCAAGUGCCGCCGCUGCGGGCGACCGUGCCGGCGUCCUCCGCGGCCGACAGCAUCACCGCCCGCACCAUAGACCGCUACUUCAGGGACGAGCUCAUUUACAAGCGUAACCGGCGCAUGGGGGAGCGCAUUCUGGAGCUGCUCUGGACCCACCCGCAUACGUCAUUCUUCUUCGCGUUCGGAGCAGGACAUUUCCUGGGGAACUUCACCGUUCUGGAGGUGCUCAGACAGGCAGGCUACAAAGUGACGAAAGUCGGUCCCAGGGAACGCAUACGGAGGUUCAAUCGUCGGAAGAAGCCAGACGACCAGGAGUUGGACUUCAGCGGCUUCCCGCCGGCUGACAAGUUCGGUCAGCAGAGCGUGAGCUCGGGGCCCAGUGGCGCCACCUCGCCCACCGUCGACGGCGCCACCUUCCAGUCCACGCGGCCGUCCGCGCCCGCCGGCAAGAAGUCGUACCUCGAGAACUUCAGCGACCUCUGGGUCAGGAUCGACGAUGCCUCCAAGAGCCAGUCGGCAACGGACUCAGCAGACGUCUUGGCCGCGGAGAAUUCCGUCCGGGUGUGGUUCGGACUGCCGCCGGACCCAUCCGCGCGCUCCGCCUGCGCCAUCCUCGCCCCGUCCGCGGCGUUGCUCGUCGCCCUGCUGCUGCUCGUGGUGACGCUGUCGCCGCCGCGGACUUCAGCUUCCGAGACUGCCGGUAAAUGGCAGUAAAGCGCGAGGUGUCACGGACGAGCUCACGAGCCGUUGCGUCGGUGGCGGCGUGCUGCACGGGGAGGCGCGCGGCUGCAGUGGUGGACCCUCACAUUGCUCUAGUCGUGCUGCGCGCUUCUCUCGCCAGCUGACUACCGCGCCGCAGGCAGACGCCGUGCUUCUCGAAGACUUUCGCUAGAGCACGGAGAGCGGCCAUUGUGUGGCUGAGGUGCCUAAGCAGACUCAGCGGCUGGUCAGCGUUUGCUUCAAGUUGGCGCGGCGACAUUCAUCCGUUGUAGGAUGAUGACGACGCCGGCGUGCAGGCCUGUGGGGCAACAGUGACUGUUUUGGCUUGCAGAUCGAUCGCCGAUCACGACCGCCAGAUGGCCAUGGCUAUGUUUGUCGUUGUUUUGUAUCCCGAGAGUUUGACCAGCGCGUCGCAUGCCUGACAUAUGCGCAUCGCUUAUGCCCCGAAUUGUUUCCGAAUAUAAUGCAUUACAACCCUCCGCGCGUUUGGCAUCGCGCUAUGGUUGG